AAAAAAGGACCUGGGUGCCCCACACCCCCCAGCUGCUGGGGGGGUCACUGGUCCAGAACCUGAGAGUGAGAUCCCAAGGAAGGGAAAAGGUGGAGGAAAAGAGGUGGAACUGGGUCUGGCUUCAGCUCUGGGGUUGUCCCCUCCUCUCCUCCCUCUGCAAACAGCUCCGAGCUCUGUGGGGUGAGGAUGUGGCUGCUCCUGGGAUCUCAGAGCAGCUCCAGGGAUCUCAGAACAGCUCCUGGGAUCUCAGAGCAGCUCCUGGGAUCUCAGAGCAGCUCCUGGGAUCUCAGAACAGCUCCAAGGAUCUCAGAGCAGCUCCUGGGAUCUCAGAACAGCUCCUGGGAUCUCAGAACAGCUCCAGGGAUCUCAGAGCAGCUCCAGGGAUCUCAGAACAGCUCCAGGGAUCUCAGAGCAGCUCCUGGGAUCUCAGAACAGCUCCUGGGAUCUCAGAACAGCUCCAGGGAUCUCAGAGCAGCUCCUGGGAUCUCAGAACAGCUCCAGGGAUCUCAGAACAGCUCCUGGGAUCUCAGAACAGCUCCUGGGAUCUCAGGGCAGCUCCAGGGAUCUCAGAGCAGCUCCAGGGAUCUCAGGGCAGCUCCAGGGAUCUCAGAGCAGAUCCAGGGAUCUCAGAACAGCUCCUGGGAUCUCAGAACAGCUCCUGGGAUCUCAGAGCAGCUCCAGGGAUCUCAGAACAGCUCCAGGGAUCUCAGAGCAGCUCCUGGGAUCUCAGGGCAGCUCCAGGGAUCUCAGGGCAGCUCCUGGGAUCUCAGGGAAGCUCCUGGGGUUUCAGGGCAGCUCCAGGGAUCUCAGGGCAGCUCCAGCUCUGCCUCCAGGACAGGAUUCCCCCCGCUGCCACCUCAGCCCAGCCCCUGGUGCUGGAAUCACCAAAAUGUUGGGUUGGAUCCAAGGGGUUUGGGUUCCCGUGGCCCCCCCCUCCCCACUCUGUCCAUCUGCCCACCCAGGUUCUGGGGAGACCAAAUCCCAGGAAUCUCAGUUUGGGUCAGAAUCCUGAGACCUUUUUGUGCUCCACACUCCAGGUCCCAGCGAGCAGCCCCAAGGGGGGGGAUGAGGGGGGGGUCACAGCUCACCCUGGCUCUGAACAAGCAAUAUUGAGAGGUUUUGUACCAAAGCUGUGCUCCUCCAAAGCCCCCACACCCCCCCGGGGGGGCUCAGCACCCCCUCCAAUGUUUCCCCCCUCCCCACGGAGCAGCUCAAACCCCCAGAGGGGGAGAUUUGGGGGGGGGGUCCCAGGGGAUGCUGAGUGGGGGCUCCCUCCUGGUGUGAUGGGAAAGUGUUAUUUGGGUUUUAUUUGUCUGGUUUGGUUUCUGGGUUUGUUUUGGGGGGGGGGGUUGUUGUUGGUUGUUGCUUUUUUGUUUUGUAUGUUGGAUUCUGUCAGGUGUUUGUUCUCUGCUUGGUUUGGUUGUGGUUUCCUUUUCUCUUUGGCUCUUGCCUGGUUCUUGCCUUGGCAGGGGCUCUGCUUCUGCCGUUCCUUCUCCCUUUCGUAAUAAAAAAAACUCCUUCUCCGA